GUACCGACGGACCAAGGCCACGACGCAUACCUCAGCUCAAGAUGGCCACGGAGCUGGUGUAAUGACGACUCCCUACCCAUCAGCACUGGGUAGUAUUCCUCCCAUGGGCCCAGAGAUAGUUGGGUACGCUCAUGGACCAGACGACGGCCCCGUCGCCUCGUCAUCCUCGGCCACUCUUGGCUCAGGCGCGCCUCCCACAGUCUUUCUCUCCACGAGCACGCCCAAUGGCGCCUACCUGACUCCAGCGACCUAUCAAGCUAUCCUGAACAACACACUGGCGCUGCACACGAACCCUUCCGCCAUACUGACCUAUGAGUCUCGAAGACAACAAGCUUGUGGACUUAUUGCAGCUGUUGGCGCAAGAGUGGGACUGCCACAGCGGACGGUCAGCACAGCCUUUGUCAUAUGGCAGAAGUGCGGCGUGAAUAGAGGCGCACCUUCGGGGACAUCUGCUCAACAGGUCGCACUGGCUGCCCUAUUCCUUGCUUGCAAGCUCAAUGAUACCCCAAAGAAGGCCAGGGAUCUCAUCGUCGCCUCUUAUGCCAUUCGGUACCCGGAUCUAGUCAAGCUUGGUCGAGAUCCUUCCUCGUCAGCCAGCGGUGCAGCAAAUCGUCGCGAGCAGCUGCAGCAGUUGGCCCUUGCGUCUGUGCAGGAGUCUGAUGUUGACGCACAGAUGCUGGACUCGGAACGCAACAAGGUAUUGAGCUUAGAAAGGACUCUUCUCGAAGAAUUUGGCUACGACUUCAAGAUCCGGCAUGGCGUGGAAAGUGUUAGUAGAGGAAUUCUCAAAUUGGGCAGAGCGUGGGGAGCCGACAAGGACUUCAUACAAGAUGCUUGGCAAUUGGCGUCCGACGUUCAUCGUACCUCAGCACCCCUCUUGUAUCCUCCGAUCAUCCUUUCCCUGUCUGCCCUCCUUACAGCAUCGCUCCUAUGCCCUCGGAACGCCUCUGCAUCACGUGCAGCAAGUGCACUACGGAUACGGCGUAUCUUCGGGCUGUCCAAUGCAAAGAAUUCCUUUGGCGAGGCUGUUGCGGGUGAGGCACUUUCUCACAAGGCUCACUUGAACGACAAUUCGCGACAUGGCGAGCAGCAGAAUGGCAAGUCCGCCUCGAAAGGACCAUCAGUACCGGAGCAAGCUUGGCGCUGGGCAGAGGAUACUUCGUGGGAACUGAAGCUCCGGUGUUUUCGGGAAGAAAUCGAAGAGGUCACACACUCCCUGUUAGAUCUCUACCUCUCCUCCUGCUCAGCAAUCACUUCUGCCCAGUCUGCUAGAAGCGCCUCCGGUGUUUCUCCCACCUCGCCAUCUACGACUCCUCUUUCUCCCGCUUCCCCCUCGGAGUAUGGAAACUUCAUCACCUCUUCUGCUGGCAAGAAGGGCUCUUCAGGGGCUAGCGGGCAGUCGCUACGCCUGCCCGCGCACACGUUCAAUCCACCUCCCUUUGGAGUCAUCAGCUGGCUCCAUGCCCAUAGUGCAACGGAUCAAGACCAAACGCAGCCAAGGGGAGCUGCGGAUCUGGCUCGAACACUGACCGAUUGCAAGAUCGAGCUCAGAGGGGCAGAGGAUCUACGGAAGCGGCAGGAUGAGGAGGCGAGGACGAAAAUGGCAGGGAGUAAUGGCGCUAACUUGAACGGGAAUGGACUCAGGCCAGGCAUGGGAGACUUGGCAUUGGACCAGAUUGCGCGACGUCUUGCCCGGCGUGCAGCCAUCGAGCAAGAGAAGGCACGCGUGCAGACAGUCAAGGUGGAAGUCCAGACUGUACUGGGGGAAGGCGAGGACACUACAGCGACGACGGUGCUUCUGCCAACAACGAGGGAGACGAGUGGAUCGGCAGCGACUCCCUCGGCAACGAUGAGCCUUACCCUCACACCUCUGUACAACACGGCGAGUGGGCAAGAUACUGCUGCAGUCGGGGCGGCCUCGUUCAAUGGCAGGGCUGUAGACGACUCGCAGCUUCAGAACGAGGGUGGAGACAAGUCUACCGUGGUGACAGGUGCAAGUGGCGGCAAAAGCGGAGGGUCCGGCAGUGCAUCUGCGAGGUCCUACAAGACGUCGAGAUUCUUGUUCUAAUAUGAGCAGGGCUAGUCUGUGCAAUGCGGAGCGGUUAGGUCAAAUGGAGCAAUUGACACAAGGAAGCGAACAUUGCCCCUUGACUGUUAAUGUCCAUUGAGUGUGAC